UAUCUCACCCUUCCACCUGCCUUCUCUGUUAGUUCUUAUGCAUAUGCACAUUCACGAUACGCGCAUAUAAUAAAAAAUUGAAUAAAUAAGAGGGAAGGGAAGUCAUUAUGUCUCCCUCGCUGUCAUAGAAAAUAAAUUUUGUGAUCUUAUGCUCUGACUCUCCUAGCAGUAUAAAAUUUAUGAGUGUUUUUACAGCAAGCACUUUGGGUUUUUGUAUUUUGUUUACUUAAAAAGUUUGUUCAACAAUUUGUAUGCUAAUAUCCCAGUGCAUACUAUCAUAUUCUCCCAAAUAUAAUUUUCUAUUCUCUCUGCUCCGUUCAUGCGUCAGUGGGUGUUACCCUGAAAGUUCCCUUUUUCUGAAUUUGAAAUUUCUUGAAUUCGCUGUGAAAAUGGUUUUCUUGCAGUUGUGAGAGGUAUUGCCAUGGAUCUAGAGUCUGGGUUUUGCCAGAAUCGUGCAAAGAGGGAGUCUUGGAGGCAAGUUUUGAUAUUGGCAUAUCAAAGCUUAGGUGUUGUGUAUGGUGAUUUAAGCACAUCACCAUUGUAUGUGUACAAGAGUACUUUUGCUGAGGACAUUGAGCAUUCAAGAAGCAAUGAUGAAAUCUAUGGGGUUUUGUCAUUUGUGUUCUGGACUUUGACUUUGGUUCCUCUUCUGAAAUAUGUGUUCAUUGUGCUUAAAGCUGAUGAUAAUGGUGAAGGGGGCACAUUUGCUCUUUAUUCACUCCUCUGUAGGUAUGCUAAGGUGAACUCAUUGCCCAGUUGCCAGUUAGCAGAUGAGGAAUUAUCCUCGUUUAAGAAGGACAUAAUCAACCCUCCCCCUGCAACUCUUGGGGGGAGGCUGAAAUCUAGUCUGGAGAGGUAUGGAGUAUUGCAGAGAUUUCUCCUUGUGUUGGCUUUAAUUGGAGCGUGUAUGGUCAUAGGCGAUGGUAUUCUUUCACCGGCCAUCUCGGUUUUUUCAGCAGUAUCUGGUAUUGAACUUGCAAUGGCUAAAGAGCACCACAAAUAUAUAGAGGUUCCCGUUGCUUGUGUCAUCCUGAUCGUCUUGUUUUCCCUUCAACAUUAUGGCACUCACAGGGUUGGGUUUUUGUUCGCUCCUGUGGUCAUAACAUGGCUUCUAUGUAUCAGUGCUAUUGGUUUAUAUAAUAUUUUUCAUUGGAAUCCUUUCGUGUAUCAAGCACUGUCACCAUAUUACAUGUACAAAUUCCUGAAGAAAACUCAAAAAGGAGGAUGGAUGUCGUUGGGAGGGAUUCUCUUAUGCAUAACGGGUUCGGAGGCGAUGUUUGCUGAUCUCGGGCACUUCACUCAAAUGUCUAUACAGAUUGCUUUUACAUUCAUGGUUUAUCCUUCACUUGUCCUUGCAUAUAUGGGGCAAGCUGCUUAUCUGACCAAGCAUCAUGAUUUUGAGAGUGACUAUCAUAUCGGCUUCUACAUUUCAGUUCCCGAGAAAUUAAGAUGGCCUGUUUUGGUGAUUGCUGUACUAGCUGCAGUUGUGGGAAGCCAAGCUAUAAUCACGGGAACCUUUUCGAUUAUUAAACAAUGCUCUUCUCUGGGAUGCUUUCCGAGAGUGAAAAUAUUGCACACAUCGUCGAGAAUACACGGUCAGAUUUACAUUCCAGAGAUCAACUGGACACUGAUGCUGCUAUGUUUGGCCGUUACUAUUGGUUUCCGAGACACCAAGCGCCUGGGUAAUGCAUCAGGUUUGGCUGUGAUAACUGUUAUGCUGGUAACGACUUGUUUGAUGUCAUUGGUGAUUGUGCUGUGCUGGCACCGGAGUGUCGUCCUUGCAAUAGGCUUCGUGCUCGUCUUUGGUACAAUGGAAGCCUUUUAUUUCUCGGCUUCUCUAAUUAAAUUUUGCGAAGGAGCGUGGGUGCCCAUUGCCCUGUCCUUCCUUUUCAUGAUAAUCAUGUGUGUUUGGCACUACGGAACCAUCAAAAAGUACGAGUUUGAUGUCCAAAACAAGGUCUCCAUCGACUGGCUACUUAGCGUGGGUCCUAGCCUGGGGAUUGUACGAGUUCGUGGCAUCGGCCUCAUACACACCGACUUGGUCUCUGGAAUCCCGGCUAUAUUCUCCCAUUUCGUCACCAACCUUCCAGCCUUCCACCAGGUCCUGGUUUUCCUUUGUGUCAAGUAUGUCCAAGUUCCUCAUGUUAGGCCCGAAGAGCGGUUCCUUGUGGGGCGUGUUGGCCCCCGGGAGUACAGAAUGUACCGCUGCAUUGUCAGGUACGGGUACCGAGAUGCUCACAAGGAUGACUUGGAGUUCGAGAAUGACCUCAUCUGCAGCAUAGCCGAAUACAUCCGGGCAGGAGACUCAACCAAGGACGACGAGGAAAUGGCGGUGGUUGGCUCCCCCUCGACUCACUCAAACCGAGUUCAAGUCUUCCAGGAGGAUGGUCACGAAUUAGACGAUCCCUCAUCAUCAUCCGGGAUAUUAGAGGUCCGAGAAAUAAAGUCUCCAAGAAAACGGGUGAGGUUCGUCGUCCCAGAGUCUCCAAAUAUCAACGCAAUUGCACGGGGAGAGAUCCGCGAUCUCAUGGAAGCAAGGGAGUCGGGUAUAGCUUAUAUACUAGGGCAUUCAUAUAUGAAAGCAAAGAAUGGAUCAAGCUUUACAAAGAGGAUGGUAAUAAAUCUUGGAUAUGAGUUCUUGAGAAGGAACAGUAGACCAUCAACAUAUGCAGUCAGUGUUCCUCAUGCUUCAACUCUAGAAGUAGGAAUGGUGUAUAAUGUUUGAUUUUGAGUAACAUAGGCUGACAAAAUUACUCAUAAACUAUGUAUGUACAUGUGGCUUUACAACUAAAAAAAGAAAAAGAAAAAGAAGAAGAAGAAACAGGAGAAAGAGAGAAUGGUGAAAUCUAACAGCCAUUAGAUCAGAUGACUUGAAUCUGGGCAUUACAGGACCUUAUUUGGGUUGUCAUUUCCCAUUGACAAUGUAACUGUAGUUAAAUUUAAUGUUUCUUGUUUAUAUAAUAGAGAAAAUUA